AAGCCAGGCGGCUGGUGUCAGUGGGUCAGACUUCUUUCUCACACACUGCUUCUCUACACGUUCGAUGGGGAACUCGCUUGCACAGGAAGCCUUUGAAUGCACGGAGAGAGAGUAGAAGAAAGAAAAACACAAGCCGACGCCUGCCGUGGGGCGCAGCAGAGCACAUUUUACAAUCUGCCUGUGAACACAUGCAGCUACCGAGCCUCAUUACCUAAACUGGGUGGAUUGAGCCCGAUCGGCUGUCGCCCAGCGGACGAGGCAGAAUGUCACGGCGGGAUCAGAGGUUUCGCAGAGGAAUGAAAGGACGGUGUUGUGAAUGUGGCUGCAUCCUGUCUCACUGGUACUACGAGCGAGAGGGACAGCUCUACUGUAAGAAGCACUAUUGGUCGCGGUAUGGAGAGCACUGCCACGGCUGCAAGGAGGCCAUCACAACGGGACUCAUCAUGGUUGCCGGGGAGCAAAAGUACCACCCUGAGUGUUUCAGUUGCAUGAACUGUGAAAUGGUGAUUGGAGACGGAGACACAUACACACUGGUAGAACGUUCCAAACUGUACUGUGGCCACUGUUUCUCUCAGGAUGCUGCAUCGGCGGUGAGGCCGAGCUCUCCUCUCACCAAGAGCCCCCAUAUGGUGGCGCUGGUGUCCUUCCCUCCACUCCCAGUUGGCCGGCAAGGUCUGACUUUGACCACUGACCUUAGCAAAGACAAAAGCCCCAUCGUCACAGUGACAGAGUUAGACUCGGCUGUGCUCAGCCCCGACUUGCUGUCUUCUGUCCAUGCUGGAGACAGAGUGCUGGAGGUCAACGGGAUCCCAACCAGAAAUAUCUCUUCAGAUGAGAUAACUCGUAUGAUCCAGGAUACAAGCAGACCCCUGCAACUGACCAUCGAACACAACCCGAAAUCUCCUCACUCCCAAAGUUCCCCGGAUAACAUAAGCUGUCAAGAAUCUUGCGUUCAUGACAAACUUUCCUCAACCCAUAAACUGCCCAGCCUGGAGGAGGAGCCAAGUCCUCAGGAGGAGACGGACGGGCAAAACAGGAUGAGCCUUUCACCGCCCCAACAUCAAGUGACCACGGGAAUGAGAUCGAGAAACAUUUUGCGCAGCUGUAGUAUAGACAAAUGUCCUCUGUCGCCUGGAGCGCUGUCGCUCAUAUCUCAAAGGAGAGACAUGGUCCGGUCGGAGUCUCUACGUGUAGAACCCGGAGAUCGAACCCACCGCAUCUUCAGGCCCUCAGACCUGAUACAUGGAGAGGUGCUGGGCAAAGGCUGCUUCGGGCAGGCGGUCAAGGUAACCCAUCAGGAGACAGGGGAGGUGAUGGUGAUGAAGGAGUUGAUACGAUUUGACGAAGAGACACAGAAGACAUUUUUAAAGGAGGUGAAAGUGAUGCGCUGUCUGGACCAUCCCAACGUCCUCAAGUUCAUUGGACUGUUUUAUAAAGAUAAGAGGAUACAUUUUGUCUCUGAAUACAUCCAGGGAGGAACUUUACGGGAGACUAUCAUGAAAAUGGAUGAAGAUUUUCCCUGGAAUAUAAGAGUCGGUUAUGCCAAAGACAUUGCAGCAGGAAUGGCAUAUCUGCACUCUAUGAAUGUCAUCCAUCGAGAUCUGAACUCAUACAACUGCCUGGUCAAAGAGAACCAGUCUGUGGUGGUGGCAGAUUUUGGCCUGGCCAGGCUAGUGAUGGAGAGGAAGAACCAGAACAAAACGUCUUCUCUGGAACGGCCUGCGAAGGGGACGCUGUCAGAGCUCCGCAAGCUCGACCGGCGGAAGCGAUAUACCGUGGUAGGAAACCCUUACUGGAUGGCCCCCGAGAUGAUUAAUGCAAAAAGCUACGAUGAACGGGUGGACAUCUUCUCCUUUGGCAUCAUGAUCUGUGAGAUAAUUGGGAGAGUGAGUGCCGACCCGGACUACCUUCCUCGGACUAAUGACUUUGGGCUAAACACAGCUGGCUUCCUGCAGCAGUACCACCCUCCCCACUGCCCCUCUGCCUUCCUGCCCCUGGCUGUACUCUGCUGUGAACUGGAUGCUGAUAAACGUCCAUCCUUUUCCAAGCUGGAGGAGUGGCUGGAGAACCUCCUGAUGCACCUGGACAUUGGUUUGCCUCAGCUCUCGGAGUUGGAGCAGCUCUGCAGAACUUUCUGGCAAAAUCACAACCAUGAAAAUCUCACCCACAACCGGGACGAGUCUCCCGUUUCUCAUGAACAAACCCAGUGCUCACAGCCACAAAGACACAGUCCUGAACAGUGUUCAGACAGUGCAACCAACCACACGGAACAUAAUCAACUUCCUCAGAGCGAACACCAAGACAGCGACCAGGCAAAGCAUUCAAACGGGAAGCAACACGAGCACGACGACUGUGACGAGUGGACUGGGACAAACAGCCAAUCCUGUUGUAGGUCUACGGGCACAACAGAUGUGUGCAAGAAUGGAUCAGAAACCUCCAAACAGAACAGCCUCACCAGACAACCAAAGGUUAAAGAACAGUCCUCACCAACACUGAGGGUCAAGAACUUGUCAUUAAGCCGGUCGAACAAGCCCAAAAACAUUUCCAGAGCAAUGUGGAAUGGAUCUGUAGAGGACGCUUCAAUUCACUGACUCCUUACUCUGAUUACAACUGGAGGAUACAUCCACAUCUACGAGAUUUAAGGGAUAAAGACAUUUUAUGAAGUCGUUGUGCCUUUUUGAACUGGGACAAAACAGAACGAGUCAGACCAUUGUUCAUUCAUGACUAAUCUCAAAGAAGAACUAGUCAAACUUUAACCUGCUCAUUCUGAUCAUUUUAAACAAAAUCAAACUGCUGUAGAGGCAGAACUUUUGAUGGAUGUUGGACUGGAUCACGGUGUGUGCAAAACAGCAAAUUCUUGCAAAAUUUGAUAAUUACAUUGCCUCAUAUUGCUCUGUGGGAAAGUAUUUCCUGUAUGUUGUUGCAACAAGAGGCCAACUGAUACAGGACUCUGUUAUAUAUUAUAAGGUUUUAUGGUUCUCAUGUGACUUUUACAUUUAUCAGUAUUGAUUUUCACAAUCAACAGAUAAACAUAUUUUUGAUUUGGCUGGCCAUUUAUGAACUUGGACUCCAGUUAAAACUUUGUUGAGAAGCUGUGAAACACGUGUCACUUUAUUCUUUAAGCUAAAGUACAUUGCAUUAUUUAUCUGUCUGCCUUAUGUAAUUUUCUUUCAUCAAAUGUCAAACCAUGUCACAUACACUGAGCCAUAUACUACUGCUGCCCAACUGUAGGCAAUAAAGAAAUAC